GACUCAGAUUUGUUGACCCGAUCAAGUAAACAUGGCGUCCAAAUUAGAAGUGGCGCUUCAAGUUCCUUUUCGCGAUAUUUGUAUGCUCCUAGAGAAGAUUCACGAAAUCAAAGGAACAGACAAGAAAAAGAAUAUGCUGAACUCUUUUAUAGCCUCUUGGCGUGAUACUCACCAUAAAAUACACGGAAAUACUCAAACAGAGGAUUCAUUUUUUCCUGCAAUGAGAUUACUCUUGCCUCAAUUUGACAAAGAACGGCCCGCGUAUGGCUUGAAGGAGGUUGCAUUAGCAAAGCACUACAUCGAAAUCCUGAGCAUUGGGAAAGAAAGCAUGGACGCUAAAAAGCUACUCAAUUACAAGGCACCUAACCAUGCCAGCAAGAAUGCUGGCGACUUCGCAACUGUCGCUUAUUUUGUCUUAGUGAACAGAUGUCCGGAGAAAGGAAGUCUAAAUAUCAAGCAAGUCAACGAUCUACUAACUAAAUUGGCAAUGGGAAAUAGUGAGCGUAAAAAAUCCGAAAUGAGAAAUGCCUUGCAGAGUCUUUUGAGAAAUACUAGUGCUCUUGAACAGAAAUGGUUGAUUCGGAUCAUUUUGAAGGAACUAAAAGGAGGCAUCAGCGACAAAAGUGUAUUCGAUGUUUUUCACCCAGAUGCAAUGGAAUUGUAUAACGUUUGUAGCUCAUUGUCGAAGGUGUGUGAAGAUUUGCGAGACCCCACGGUGAGAACAAGCGAUACGGAUAUAAAAUUGUUUUCAGCAUUCAAACCGAUGUUAGGACAGCGUGCGGCCAUUGACGAGGUGGAAAAAUUGAUGAAUGUAGAUGAGUUUUACAUUGAAACGAAACUUGACGGUGAAAGAUUCAUGCUUCAUCGUGAAGAGAACACGUUCAAGUAUUUCUCCCGAGGAUCUAAUGAUUAUACUGCAACCUUUGGAGCUUCACCGAAGGAAGGAUACCUUACCCCCUUCAUUGCGGACUGUUUUCCCAGUAAAGUAAAAUCUUGCAUCCUUGACGGAGAGAUGAUGGCUUUCGAUGCGUCGAACAAAGCAAAAUUCCUAUCAAAAGGAGAGAACAUUGAUUUUAAAAGUGCUAAGACGUAUUCAUCGAAUGCAGGUCUUCAUCCAUGUUUCGUCGUUUUCGAUGUUAUAUUUGUGAAUGGUAAAAGUAUAGCUAGUCUUCCUCUCAAAGAACGACUACAAAACCUAGAGAAGAUAUUCACAGCAGUUCCUGGUAGAAUAGAACGCGUCCAGCGUGAGCAAGCGUCGAAGAGACAAGAUGUUAUUGUAGCAUUAAACAAUGCUGUUGACAAGUACGAAGAAGGUUUGCUAAUCAAGUCACCAUCAUCGAUAUAUCAACCAAAUAUUAGAAACGGAAGUGGAUGGUUGAAAAUUAAACCCGAAUAUGUUAACGGUUUGGCAGAUGAGUUGGAUGUUAUUAUAAUUGGAGGAUACUUUGGUAGCGGGUCACGUGGCGGAAUGAUUUCUCAUUUUUUAUGUGGUGUAUCUUGUCCUUCAUCGAUACACGACGAAGAAGCAGCAAAGUUUUACUCAUUUUGUAAAGUUGGUUCGGGAUAUACAAAUAAAGAACUGAAAGAUCUGUCUCAUCAUUUAGAUCCUUACUGGAGAAAAUUUGAUGCAAAGAAACCUCCCACGAUGAUAGAGUUCACAAACGGUUUCAAGGAGAAACCUGAUGUUUGGAUAGAACCGCGGAAUUCUAAAAUAGUUCAAGUUAAAGCCGCAGAAAUUGUUCCCUCUGACAAUUACAAAACAGGUCAAACGUUACGUUUUCCUCGCGUUGAGAAAAUCCGCGAUGACAAAACCUGGAAUGAGUGUCUGGACAUUAACGAACUUGAGAGAAUACGAACGAUUGCAAAAGGCAAACUGACGUAUCAACACGCCACGACCAGUGACGAACAUGUCACGAAGAAGAAUAAGAGAAUAGUGACACGAAUCGAGAGCCCGCUAAAAGUUGCCAAACAUUUUGCAGCUGCCAACACGAGUAAUGUAGAAGAGAAAUCUCGGAUAUUUGAAGGCAAGGAAUUUUACAUUGUGAAUGGUCCACCAGAUUGUGGCAAAGUAGAACUGGAGGGAAAGAUUUUAGAGGUAAAUGAAACGUUCUUCCUCUCCCUCUUCGAUGAAUGCUCAACGUGUUUAUGUUUAUCAACUAAGAAUGGUGGAAAGGUUGUUCAAAAUCCUGGCAAAGACACGCAUUGCGUCAUCGCUCACAAGAGCAACGUCAGAGUGACUAACAUAAUUAAACAAACGAUAUAUGACAUUGUUAAUGCAUCUUGGUUGUUGGAAAGUUUAGAACGCAAGCAGAUGGUGCCAUGGUUACCAUGUCACAUGAUCCACAUGUCAUCGAAGACAAUAGAGAAGUUUUCUCUUGAGUACGAUGAGAACGGUGACAGUUUCACCAAAGACUUGAACGUUGAAACUUUGAAGGAAAUUUUUAAAAAAUUAGAUGAAAGACAAAACGUAGUGAAGUUGACAAGAAAUGACAUAAUUGAAGUGGAAGAGAGAUACAUCACCAACUCAACCCUAGGUCUCUUUAGAUCAUACAGAUUUUACGUGGAUAGAUACUCGACAAUUGGUGAUCCACACACGCGCCUACCCAGCAGUAGCCUUCACGUGCAGACAUAUGUGCUACGUUAUUAUGGUGGACAUAUAAGUGACACUUUUGACGAAGAAGUCAGUCACGUGAUCACGAGCCCGCGGGAUUUCUCGAGGGUACCAGUCAUUCAACAGAUAAUGCACAGGAGAACACGUUUCGCGCACAUUGUAACAGAAACAUGGAUUACCGAGUGUGUGCAAGUUGGUGCUAUAUUAAAAGAACAAGAUUACCGUCCAAUAAUUGAUGAUGUUUUGGAAUAAAUUAAAAAAAUGGACAAUUUACAUUAUCAGAAUCAAUGUUCUUCACGUCGUUUAUUGUUAUGUAGAUAAAUUUUGACCACAAAACACUAUAAAUACCUCAA